AAGAAUAUGAAAGAUAUUCAUGGACCCGCCUUAGCUAUUGUUCUUGAACGACUGAAGCAGUAUGGGGCUUUCCAAGAAACAUUUGAAUUGGCAAAGGAAAUAUCGACUGGGCUGACAUCCAAAAGUAGCUCAAAAGUUGGAAAAUCUAGCUCUAAUGGUCAUGGGGAUUGUUUACCAAAGCAUGGAAGCAGGCCUGUUUCUUCGAGAAUUGUUUCAACAAAGGUCUCGCGGCCGGAAUCAAUUAUGUCUGUGCAUGAUAUCACCAUUCAGUCUCAAGCUUUGUUGAAUGUCAAGGAUUCGAGUAAGGCCGACAGGGAGAGAUUGGUUGUCCGCAAGUUUAAAUUUGAAGAGCCACGGUUUGAACAAAUACAUGAUCUUGAGAAUGAUCUUAUGAAGUAUUUCAGAGAGGAUUUGCAUAGGAGGCUUCUGAGCACAGACUUCAAGAAGCAAAUUGAUGGAAUUGAGAUGCUGUAUAAGGUGCUUUUUUGUGUUACACAUUUGUGGUGA